AUGGGCGAUUUGCCUGAGCAUAGAGCAUCAAAAUUAGCUGCAUUCACCGCUACAGGCAUGGACUUUGCGGGGCCAGUGCUCCUGAAGACGGGAAUUCGCAAGGGCACAACCACCAAAGCAUACAUUCUGGUGUUAGUGUGCAUGUCAACAAAGGCGAUACACCUUGAAUUGGUGAGUUCUUUGACCACAAAUGCAUUCAUCGCCGCGCUCCGUCGAUUCACUAGCAGACGUGGAGCACCAAAGUACAUUUAUUCGGACAAUGCCAAGACAUUCGUCGGGGCAGACAGAGAAUUGAAGGAAUUACUCGCUUCAACGGAGUACACCGACGAUGUUGGAAAUUUCAUGUCCGGAAAAGGAAUCCAGUGGCGUUUUCAGCCUCCAAGAGCGCCACACCAUGGAGGUUUAUGGGAGGCGGGAGUCAAGUCCUGCAAGUAUCAUCUCAAAAGGAUCGUGGGAGCGACGCCGUUGAAUUUUGAGGAGAUGACUACCGUACUGACGCAAAUCGAGAGUGUUCUGAACAGUCGGCCGUUAGUUCAGCUGCCCACAAGUUCCGAUAUGCCCGAUCUAACGUAUCUCACGCCGGGGCAUUUUUUGGGCUUAGAAGGAGCGGCCCAGCUGCCAGAUCCCACGCUUGAGCAUCUGUCGAGCAACAGAGUGAGCAGAUGGCAAUUGUGUCAGAAAUUGCAGCAGGAUUUUUCGAAGAGAUGGAAGGAGGAGUACCUGACAACUUUGCAAGUCAGGACGAAAUGGAGUAAGGAAUGUGUCAAUCUACAGGUUGAAGAUGUAGUGUUGUUGUACGCCGAUCAUCUGCCAUCUCCAGGUUGGCUGCUGGGAGUAGUCAUGGAAAUAUUCCCAGGAAAGGAUAAUCGUGUACGGGUGGUCCUGGUGAGGACAUCGAAAGGGACAUUCAAGAGGCCGAUUACAAAGGUUGUCAAAUUGCCCAUUGAAGAUGAGCAAUUUCCCGCGGAGGAUGUCGCCGCUUAG